CAGAAAGAUCGUUUUCAGUGACUGCUGGUGAGCGUUUGUCAACCUGACACAAACUAGAGACACCCAGGAAGAGAGGCUCCCAGUUGAGGAACUGCUUCCGUGGAUUGCCCUGUGGCAGCUGCUUAUUGCUGGCAGACAGGCUGAGUUCCGCAGCCGUGUGAUCAGUUGGACGAGACCAGAAAGGAGCGUGGGGAGAGAGGACCAAGAGACUCUGUAGGGGCUGUCCAGAGGCAGUUCUCAGUCUCCAGGAGCAAGCAAUCUCAGGGAGCAUGGUGCUGAGGUGAGCCAGGUCAUGAAGCCAACACUGCCGGGCUUGGUGCUAUGGUCACUGCUCCUCCAGCCCGGGCUGGCAUUCUGGACCUCCCAGAUGGGGCAGAACUGCCACAAUGGCAGCUACCAGAUCAGUGUCCUGAUGAUGAACAACUCAGCCUUCCAAGAACCUCUGAGUAACUUGGAAGAUGCAGUGAAUGAAGGAUUGGACAUCGUGCGAGCACGUCUGCAUGAAGCCGGCAUAAACGUCACUGUGAAUGCGGCUUUCAUCUACUCCGACGGUCUGAUUCAUAGCUCAGGGGACUGCCGAAGUAGCACAUGUGAAGGCCUUGACUUACUCAGGGAAAUUACAAGGGACGGUAAGAUGGGCUGUGCUCUCAUGGGGCCCUCGUGUACAUUCUCCACCUUCCAGAUGUACCUUGACACAGAGUUGAACUAUCCCAUGAUUUCAGCUGGAAGCUUUGGAUUGUCAUGUGACUAUAAAGAAACCUUAACCAGGCUGAUGUCUCCAGCUAGAAAGCUGAUGUACUUCUUAGUUGAUUUUUGGAAAGUCAAUGAUGCACCUUUCAAAACGUUUUCCUGGAACUCUUCGUAUGUUUACAAGAAUGGUUCAGAGCCCGAGGACUGUUUCUGGUACCUCAAUGCUCUGGAAGCUGGAGUUUCAUAUUUUUCUGAGGUGCUCAACUUCAAGGAGGUCUUGAGACGUAAUGAACAGUUCCAGGAAAUCUUAAUCGGCCGUAACAGGAAAAGCAAUGUGAUCAUUAUGUGUGGCACACCAGAAAGCUUCCAGGAUGUGAACACUGGCCUGGAAGUGGCUGAAGACACGGUUGUUAUCCUAGUGGAUCUGUUCAGCAACCAUUACUUUGACAACGACACCAUAGCUCCUGAAUAUAUGAACAAUGUCCUCAUUCUCACGCUGCCUCCUGAAAAUUCCAUCUCAAAUACCUCUUUCUCCAAGAAUUUUCCAUCAGUAAGUUGUAUUUACUUGCUGAUCUAUGGAACCUUGCUGUUUGGUCACAUGCUGAAGAUAUUUCUGGAAAAUGGAGAAGAUGUUGCCACUUCCAAAUUCGCUCAUGCAUUUAGGAAUCUCACUUUUCCAGGCUAUGGAGGACCUGUGACUCUGGACGACUGUGGGGACGUCGACAGUACUAUGGUACUUCUAUAUGUUUCCAUGGAUACCAGGAAAUACGAAGUUCUUUUGGCUUAUGACACCCACACCAACAGAACUAUCCCUGUGGCGACAAGCCCCACUUUCAUCUGGAAGAACCACAGGCUUCCUAAUGAUAUCCCAGGCCUGGGCCCUCAAGUCCUGAUGAUCGCCGUCUUCACACUCACGGGGACCGUGAUCCUGUUGUUGCUGAUCGCUCUCCUGGUGCUCAGAAAAUACAAAAAAGAUAAUGAACUUCGUCAGAAAAAAUGGUCCCACAUUCCUCCUGAGACCAUCUUUCCACUGGAGACCAAUGAGACCAGUCAAAUCAGCCUGAAGAUUGAUGAUGACAAGAGGCGAGAUACAAUCCAGAGACUCCGCCAGUGCAAAUAUGACAAAAAGAAAGUGAUCCUCAAAGAUCUUAAGCACAGUGAUGGCAACUUCACCGAGAAACAGAAGAUAGAAUUAAACAAGCUGUUGCAGUCUGACUACUACAACCUGACCAAGUUCUAUGGCACCGUGAAGCUGGACACCAGGAUCUUUGGGGUGAUUGAAUACUGUGAGAGAGGAUCCCUUCGGGAAGUUUUAAACGACACCAUCUCCUACCCUGAUGGUACAUUCAUGGAUUGGGAGUUUAAGAUCUCUGUCUUAUAUGACAUUGCUAAGGGGAUGUCAUAUCUCCACUCCAGCAAGAUUGAAGUCCAUGGGCGUCUGAAAUCUACCAACUGCGUGGUGGACAGCAGGAUGGUGGUGAAGAUCACAGAUUUUGGGUGCAAUUCCAUUUUACCACCCAAAAAAGACCUGUGGACUGCUCCAGAGCACCUGCGCCGAGCCAACAUCUCUCAGAAAGGAGACGUGUACAGCUUUGGGAUCAUUGCCCAAGAGAUCAUCCUGCGGAGGGAAACUUUCUACACCCUUAGCUGCCGGGACCAGAAUGGUAAAUCAGAGCCGCCUCCAGGGCUCAUGGGGGAGCCAGACAAUCUGCAUUCUGGACUCAGAUCUUGGGACCACAUCCCACGCCUCUUAUCAGCAGGAGUAAUGACUUUUUGGCCCCACUGCACAUCUUACAAGGAUGGAAGGGUGUAUCUACUUGUCAAAAGCUGUUGGGAGGAAGAACCAGAGAAACGACCAGAUUUCAAGAAAAUUGAGAGCACACUGGCCAAGAUAUUUGGCCUUUUUCAUGACCAAAAAAAUGAAUCUUACAUGGACACCUUGAUCCGCCGGUUACAGCUGUAUUCGCGAAACCUGGAGCAUCUGGUGGAGGAAAGGACACAACUGUACAAGGCAGAGAGGGACAGGGCUGACCGGCUUAAUUUCAUGCUGCUCCCAAGGCUAGUGGUAAAGUCUCUGAAGGAAAAAGGCAUUGUGGAGCCAGAACUCUAUGAGGAAGUCACAAUCUAUUUCAGUGACAUCGUGGGUUUCACCACCAUCUGCAAGUAUAGCACCCCCAUGGAAGUGGUGGACAUGCUGAAUGACAUCUACAAGAGUUUUGAUCAGAUUGUGGACCACCACGACGUCUACAAGGUAGAAACCAUAGGUGAUGCCUACGUGGUGGCCAGUGGUUUGCCCAUGAGGAACGGCAACCGGCAUGCAGUAGACAUCUCCAAGAUGGCCUUGGACAUCCUCAGCUUCAUAGGGACUUUUGAGCUGGAGCAUCUUCCUGGCCUCCCAGUGUGGAUUCGCAUUGGAGUUCAUUCUGGUCCCUGUGCUGCUGGGGUUGUGGGAAUCAAGAUGCCUCGUUAUUGCCUGUUUGGAGACACUGUCAACACUGCCUCGAGGAUGGAAUCCACUGGCCUCCCCUUGCGAAUUCACAUGAGCAGUUCUACCAUAGCCAUCCUGAAGAGAACUGAGUGCCAGUUCCUGUAUGAAGUGAGGGGAGAAACAUACCUAAAGGGAAGAGGGACAGAGACCACAUACUGGCUGACUGGAAUGAAGGACGAGAAAUACAACCUACCAACCCCACCAACUGUGGAGAACCAACAGCGUCUACAAGCUGAAUUUUCAGACAUGAUUGUCAGCGCUUUGCAGAAAAGACAGGCCUCAGGGAUAAAAAGCCGGAAACCAACACGAGUAGCCAGUUAUAAGAAAGGCACUCUGGAAUACCUGCAACUGAACAGCUCGGACCAGGAGAGUACCUGUUUUUAGCCUCGGAUGACACAGAUUCAGUCUCCAUUUAGACACCAACCUCAAGUGUCCCGAAAACCUGCAUUUUCCUGAGACAACGACUCAGUAAAACACAUAGCCUUACUGUCCUUCCUGGAACAUAGAUUUUCUUCCAUGAGCCACAUGGGUAUUCUUGGGCUAUUUUUUAUUAAGACAGAAUCUCAUGUUUCCCAUACUGACUCCAAACUCCACUAUGUAGCAGAAGAUGACCUUGAACUUCUGAUCCUCCUACCUCCACCUCGUCAGUGACAUAUGUGUUCAUGACAGCGUGAUGAUCCUGAACUCCAGAGCCAUGACCCACAGCUGUCCCAAAGAGCUUGAACCUGGAAAAGAGAAGGAGGGAAUUUACUAUGUAGAACUUGUGAUUUUUGUUCCUAAUUCAUUUGUGUCCUUGUUUUGUUUACUGGUUCUUUCCUCUUCUAUACACAUGAGAGAAUUUUUUAAAAAUACUCUCAAUUAUAUUUUAAGUAGCUUGUCUCAUAAAUGCUUAACUAAAAAAGUUUUUCAUAAAAUAUGCUAAAUAUUAGGUAGGAAUAAAAGUUAAAAGUUUUUAGAGUCUGGUAUGUAUUUCUACCUCUCCUGUUCCUCUUUGUGGAAGCACCAACUACUGUUGCUGAAAAGCUGACAAAGGCCCCCACAGAGAACAGGACAAAGGUAACAUGGCUGUUCACAUACAGAACCUCAAAGGUGGACCUCACCCACUGCAUGGGGGUGGGUUACUGAUCUGAAAACAGAGGCUUUGCCUUGGCUUGUCCACUUAGCAAUGUAGAUAUGUAACACACGUCAUUGCAGUGACCUAAAGGGCACAGGCAAAUGUUCAGUUCCUACACUGCUUUUUCCCAGUUGAGGUAACCAGUAUCUCUAAGCACCCACUGUCUCUCAUUGGAUAUCAUAGGAUAGCCCUUUCAUUAAGUGAUGCGUGACUUUCCCCAUGUAUAUUAUAGCAUUAUAUAUAAUGUAUUGUGGUUUGAAUGAGAAAGUGUCCCCCAUAGGUUCAAGUAUUUGGAUACUUGGUAUGUGGUCACCAGUUAGUGAUGCUGUUUGGAGCAGUCAUGAGAUCCCUAGAAGUUUCCUUGCGGGAGGAAACAUAUCACUGGGGGAGGGCUUUGAGGGUUCAUAUCUUUGUCCACUUGCAGUUUGCUCUCUCCACUCCCUGCACAUGCCUGAAGAUGUGGGCACUCAGCUGUCUGCUCCUGCCUGCUCUGCCGCCGCGCCUCGCUGCUGUUAUGAAUUCUCCCUCUGGAACUGUAAGCUGAA